AUGAAUUAAUCUAUAGGUGAAAACUAACAAUCUUAGCCAUCAAUAAAUUAUGUAAAUGUGAAAUAUUCUUUUAAAUGUUUACGUCGACAUCUUUUUAAAGAUAAAGUUUAUCAUGUCCAUGCACUUCAAAAUAUGAUUACUAUUGGAGAGGUACACUUAUAAAGUUGAAAUUAGUAAUUUAAUGAUCCUAAUCCUAAAUACAAGUUAGAAUUGAAUCUAAAGAAUACUGUUUAUUGGAAAUAAGAGCAUGGACAAAAUAGAGCUUUCGGAAUUAAAUAUAAGUAAUUAAUCUUUUUUAAACUUAUAUUUACAAAGAAAGAAUGUCAAGUAUUUUGAAGCUGCAUCUGAAUAAUUAAAUAAAUUUCGUUAGGCAAUCAGUUGUUUAAUAGGGUUCCAUUCACUUGAUGAACAUUAUAAAUUAGAAAAAGUCAUUGGAUAAGGUUCAUUCUCUAAAGUUCAUAAAGUUUAUAGAUUACAUGAUGAUAAACCUUUUGCAAUGAAGUAAGUUUCAAGUAAGUAAAAGAAUGAUAAAGAAAAUAUGGUAUUUAAUAUUUUUAUCCUAUUCAGUAAUUAUUGGAAAACGAAAUUGGAAUUUUGAAUUCAAUAAACAAUGAAUCUAUUCUUAAAAUCUUUGAAGUUUAUAGAAUUGAAGAACAUUAAUAUGGUAUAAUUGUUGAAUUUGUUGAUGGUGUAUGUUUAGCAACUCUUAUUGAAUAACUCAAAAAACAUCAAACUAAACUUAAAGAAUAUGAUAUCAAAGUUAUGUUGUAAGCAAUACUUAAAGCUUUGGUUGUAAUACAUUAAGAAUAAGUUAUUCAUAGAGAUAUUAAACCUUAAAAUAUUAUGAUUUCUUUAUCUUCAUUUAGAAAUAUCAAAAUUAUUGAUUUUGGUUUGAGCAUUAAAAAUUAAUUAUAAUAUAAUAGAUGUGGAACACCUGGUUAUAUGGCACCUGAAAUUGUUAAUAUGAAAAAAGAUUAAUAAAAAGCUUGGACAUCUCUUUGUGAUAUUUUUAGUCUAGGUGUUGUCUUUUUUAAAUUGUAUUCAUUUAUUAUUUAUUUAGACUAUCAAAAGGUAUUAGUUGUUUUUAAGGAUAAACAUCUGAUUAAGUUUUAGCAAAUAAUAAAAAAUGUUAAAUAGAUUGGACUAUUGUACAAUAAUAUAAUUAUUCUAAAAAUUGCAUUGUAAAUUAUAUGAUAAUUUAAAAGUCUUUGUUAAAAUCAUUAUUAGCCAAAGAUCCUGAAGAGAGAAUUACUGCUUAUUAAGCACUUUAACAUCCAUUCUUUGCUGAUUUACCUCCAGUUUUAGCAACAGAUUUUGUAGGAAAUUCUAUGACAUUUAGAUCAAAAUGCAUUAUGAAUUAAACUAUAGAUAAACAAAAUCUCGAUUCUGUAACUAGUUUGAAUGAUUAUACAGGAGUUUAAAAAUAGCAAAUUUAUAUUACAGAUCUAAAACCAUCAAGGAUUAGUAGAAGAAUAUGA